AUGGAUUUUGCGUAUUACUUCAUUGCUAGUAGUACCUACACGUCUACCAAGGGAGAUUCAGAGGCUCCUGGGUGGUGCAGAGAGUAUACCUCACACAAAGACAUGGCUAAGUAUGUCCGUGAGAAGUGUAACUUUCAAACUAUAUUUGCUGCACAGACCCAAGGUCAGUCCGUGGACCAAGCUGUUGCAAAGGUUAUUGGUAAGAACAAGAAAUCUACGACUGCUCCGGUUUCUUCGGCAGAUGAGACGAAAGGGAAACUUGCAAAAUUGUUGCGUGCCAAAUUGAAAAAGGCAUUGAAAACCUCACCUUCUCAAGGAUUUCCUCGAGGAACAGACCCUGCCGCUCGAUUGAUCAAAAAGGGAUACAACAUCAAGAUGGUACAACUACCUGGAUCGACUCUUCCUUCCGAAGUCUUGCAGCUAGGAUUUAAUGCCAUGACCAACAGCCGGCGUAAUCUAUGGCUGAAUGAUGUGAACGCCGGACUGUUCAAACUGGAAAAAAUACCCGGUGAAGAUGAUCACAUGUCUGUGCAUGAAUCUGACCAAGAAGAUACAAACUUUGAAAAAGAUCAGGACAAGUCGGAUGAAAACCCGGAAGAAGACGAACCAGAGUGGCAUGGGCUUGGUAGUAUUGGUAUUGAAGAUGAUGAGACUUAA